GUGGCGCGCGGGCCAUCGCACGCAUUUUCGAUAUCGCUGUUGCUAAUUUCGAUUCCUCCAACGAAACAACGUUGACCACCAACGUCCUCCCGACACUAGCCAGUCGACAGGAUGACGUCUCUGAUCGGGCUCGCCCUCAUCUCCGCUUGGAUCACCGGGGCUGCCUUCGCCGAACUGCCACCUGGUGUAAGGCCGUGUCCACGAACGAACGACUUGAUACAAUACAACGUGUGCGUGCUCCAACAAUUGAACGCCAUAACCCCUUACCUCGCCAACGGUAUCCCCUCCUUGAAGCUGCCCGCCCUGGACCCGCUUUUCCUACCCUCGUUGACGGUGGACAGGAACCUGGAAACGUUGAAGAUCAAGGCGAACAUGAGCCAGAUCCGCGUUUAUGGCGCGACGAAUUUCGCGAUCGACGAUUUGAAGGCGAACCCGAACGAUCUGUCGGUGAACAUCAAGGUUCGGCUGCCGCACGUGCACAUGAACGGGAACUACGACGUUCAGGGAAGGCUGUUACUGCUUCCGUUGAACGGGGCUGGUAACUUCAGAGGGAAUUUCACUGACACGAAGGUGGACGUGCAGGCGCAGGGCAAGGAAGUGACGGACGCGAAGGGGGUGCAAAAGAUCGAGAUCGACAAGUUGGUGACGAAAAUUCGGGUUGAAAAUGGGAACAUCGAAUUGAAAGCACCUCCCAACCAUAGUGCAGCGGCCGAGGCCGCAGCAACGUUCUUCAACUCGAAUCCGCGAUUAGUCCUGGACAUAGCCAGCCCGAUUAUCGAGGACACAGCAGCGACUGUGAGCAGAGCAUUGGUCGCGAGAGCGUUGAACGUUCUCACGAAACAAGAAUUGCUUCCCUAGUCCGUUAGAUUAAGAUAAAGAGCAAGAAGUAAUUAAGAGUUCGAUACGUUUCCUGUUUUGUUAAGAAGAGAUAAUAAAUUGAUUAUUACGAAUGAAAUAAUAAGUGAUAUUUCACACAGA